CACGGACACACACCAGCGCAGACCGCUCGAAAUCGACCAAGCGGCGAGCAUCGAACGUCAACAUAUUGAAUAAAUAUUUUCAGUUGAACAUCACAAUCCGUUCAAGUCGCGGAUAACUCCGAAUAAAAGUUUUUUUCUUUCGAGUGCAGCUGAGUAGCAAAACAAAACAGACAUGGAUGCCAUCAAGAAGAAGAUGCAAGCGAUGAAAGUCGACAAGGACGGAGCUCUGGAGCGCGCUCUCGUCUGCGAGCAGGAGGCACGCGAUGCCAACACCCGCGCCGAGAAGGCCGAGGAGGAGGCUCGCCAGCUGCAGAAGAAGAUCCAGACCGUUGAGAACGAGCUCGAUCAGACAGAGGCCCUGACUCUGGUCACCGGCAAGCUGGAGGAGAAGAACAAGGCUCUGCAGAACGAAAGUAUUUCAAGGACAUUUGGCAGCGAUUCAAAAAAGUCUGAGCAGGUAAAAAUGCUUGGAAAACUUAUCGCUACGGCUGGGCUUGAAAAAAAAACACAAGUGCAGUCGCCGACUGGCAGCAAAACAGUUGCCAAACCGAAACAGCGGUCCAAACAAUCUAAAAGCGAUAAGCCAGGCAGGGAGAAGUCCAAGCAGCAGCAGCUGCCCAGAAAGCAACGGGGAGUCAUCACCAGAAGGAGCAACAAGCGAGCAGAUUCAGAAUCUUCGGGCCUUUCAUCCCGCUGGUGUUCCAUCGAGGAGCAGCUGAACCUGCUGGACGACCUGCUCUACUACUGCGAUGAGGAGGCGGAACUGUAUCUAGCCCAGCUGUACGAACGGUUCGAGACCCUCCGCACAAGGAGCAGGAGUUCCUCGCCAGCCAGCGAUUUCUGGAGCGACUCGGACAUGGAGCACCACGACGACUCCAGCACCAGUGGCACUGGCAGCCACACGGCCAGCAACACGAGCCUGGUUCCCGCCUCGCUGAAGCGCCGUGGCCACCAGCAUCAUCCGCGCUUCGCCGGCACACGCCGUCCCAAUGUGCCCAAUGUCCAGGAGAUCCUAGCCGCCCUCUAUCGCGGCGACUCCAAGAGCGCCCUCUCCAAUCUCAGGGGAGAGACGCAACCAGAAGAAUCAGAGCAAACACAGCAGCCGGAGGAGGCAGUGCUGCCCCGCAGGAGCACAUUGAGUCUGCCGCUGAGCGAAUCGGUGACCAAUUCCCUGGGCAGCAACAGUCCCACGCCCACGGACGAGAGCAGUGUCCAGGAUGAGGCCAGCCAACCGAUGGCUGUUCCUUCGGCAGAAGGAGCCGCUCCUCCAGCAGCCACAACCACCUCCGCCAAAAGCAAGAAAAAGAAGCGGGAGAAGGGUGAAAAGUCAGAGAGAUCCGAGAAAUCUGAGAAGUGAAAAAAAAAGAAGUCUUCAGGCAAAAAGGAGCGCAGCAAGCGGUCCAGUGCCAUGGAGAUGAGCAGCGACAGCCUGGCCACCGACAUCAGUGGCGGGGCCAUUGACGAGGGCAUCGCCCUGGCGGAUGACGACGACAACCAGGCGGCGGAGUGGUCCAAGCUGCGGUGCACCAGCGAGGCGGCCGAGAUUGUGGCCGAGCGGGAGGCGCGGCGGAACAAGGGACGCUGUGCGGACUAUCCGGGACUGGCCUUUGGCAGAUCAAUCUUCAGCUCGGACACCAUGAUGAAGUUCAACAUCAUCCGGAACGAGCUGCACAACAUCAUGAACACACAGCUUAAGCGGGCCGAGUCCGAGGUUGCCGCUCUGAACCGUCGCAUCCAGUUGCUCGAAGAAGACUUGGAGCGCUCUGAGGAGCGUCUGGGCUCCGCCACAGCCAAGCUGUCGGAAGCCUCUCAGGCCGCCGAUGAGAGCGAACGUGCUCGCAAGAUUCUUGAGAACCGCGCCCUUGCCGAUGAAGAACGCAUGGACGCUCUUGAGAAUCAGCUGAAGGAAGCGCGUUUCCUUGCUGAGGAGGCUGACAAGAAAUACGAUGAGGUUGCCCGUAAAUUGGCCAUGGUUGAAGCUGAUUUGGAACGUGCCGAAGAGCGUGCCGAGCAGGGUGAAAACCAAAAUGUGGAGCUUGAGGAGGAGCUGCGCGUGGUUGGCAACAACCUGAAGUCCCUGGAAGUCUCUGAGGAGAAGGCCAACCAACGUGAGGAGGAGUACAAGAACCAGAUCAAGACCCUCAACACUCGUCUAAAGGAGGCUGAGGCUCGUGCUGAGUUCGCUGAACGUUCCGUUCAGAAGUUGCAGAAGGAAGUCGACAGGCUCGAAGACGACCUGGUCCUGGAGAAGGAGCGCUACAAGGACAUUGGAGACGAUCUCGACACCGCCUUCGUCGAGCUCAUCCUCAAGGAAUAAGCGAACCGCCCUUGACGGAACCUCGACCUCAGUUGAAAUUCGAUCCGCACUUCUGUUUGCCCGGCACACCUUUCGAUUGUUUUUACUGUAGCAUAAUCGUAGGCGCACUGUACUCGUAGUAUUCUGUAGCCUCUCUACUUUUGAUUUGUGUGUGUUUGUGUAGCUAAUAGUUUGUAGAUUGAUUUUGACUGCGGACCAAUUAGAGGAAGCAUCGAAACAAUUGUGUAUUUGUUUGACUCAAACGUUUUUAUUUAUUAUUUGUAUCCAAACUAAGCAAUAAAGCAAUCAACUUGAAAAUAUAAAUCCUGAUA